UUCGAGGCGCUGGAGGACGAGGCCGCGAUCAACGAGCUCGACUGUGCGCGGCAGUCCGGGUUGGACGUGCUGUACGGGAGCGUAAUCCAGCUGAAGCACUCAAAGAGCAACUUGUUUCUUACGCAGGUCAGGAACCGAGCAUACCUGAACAGGCUGGCCAUGGAGGUGUGCCUGAAUGCGGGCAAGAAGGGCUCUUGGUGGAGGAUCAAGUCGGCCGAUGGGAUCAAGGUAGAUGGAGAGCAGGUGAUUCUGGGGGACAGGGUUUACCUUGAGAGUGUG